CACGGACACGCCACCAUGGCUGCAGACCAUCAGACCCAGGCGGGCAAGCCGCAGCCCCUCAACCCCAAGAUCAUCGUGUUCGAGCAGGAGAACUUCCAGGGCCACUCGCACGAGCUCAGCGGGCCCUGCCCCAACCUGAAGGACACGGGCGUGGAGAAGGCGGGCUCCGUCCUGGUGCAGGCCGGACCCUGGGUGGGCUACGAGCAGGCCAAUUGCAAGGGCGAGCAGUUCGUGUUUGAGAAGGGCGAGUACCCCCGCUGGGACUCCUGGACCAGCAGCCGGAGGACCGACUCCCUCAGCUCCCUGAGGCCCAUCAAAGUGGACAGCCAGGAGCACAAGAUCACUCUGUACGAGAACCCCAACUUCACGGGGAAGAAGAUGGAGAUCGUGGAUGACGACGUGCCGAGUUUCCACGCGCACGGCUACCAGGAGAAGGUGUCGUCGGUGCGCGUGCAGAGUGGCACGUGGGUGGGCUACCAGUUCCCCGGCUACCGCGGGCUGCAGUACCUGCUGGAGAAGGGCGACUACAAGGACAGCAGCGACUUCGGGGCGCCGCAGCCCCAGGUGCAGUCGGUGCGCCGCAUCCGGGACAUGCAGUGGCACCAGCGGGGCGCCUUCCACCCCUCCAACUAGAGCCCGAACCCCGCCCCGCCCCGCCCCCGCCACGGCGCACCCCAGCCAGUAAUAAAGCGUGCCUUGCAA